GAGGACCCACCCCCUCAAGGCCGCGGGGUUCGGUUGCACACAAGCUGCAGUUUCAGUUUGUUUUAUUCACCAUUUUGAGUAGCUGAAGGUAAAAAAAUUAAGAAUAUUUGCGUUUGGAGGACAAGUCCCUGCCGUACUUUUAUUUUCACGCGCUAGCUCGGACGGUGGAGUUGUGCGCCAACCUCGCUCCCCUCGGUGUUUUGCAGAGCGGGAAUCUAUAUUUCUUUUUUCCCUGUGCUUUUUUCUUCUCCCCCCUUUCUUACAUCCUUAACCUCUACAGUAUUCCUGCAAAAUGUCAAGACCAGUUCGGAACAGGAAAGUGGUGAACUACUCACAAUUCAACGAGUCUGAUGAUGCAGAUGAGGAGUAUGGUGAGAAUAAGCCGAAGAAGGUGCGUGCACCCCCUCGUGAGCCCAAGCACAAGCGCUCAAAGAACUCGCAGGAUGACAGUGAGGAGUCUGAUGAGAAGCUCUCUAAACCCAAAAAUGAUUCAGCAGAGGACUUUGGCAGCGAUGAGGAAGACAAUGACUUUGGAGAGGAGGAGGAAGAUGGAGGAAGCGACUAUGAAGAAAAAAAAGGCAAAAAGGGAAAGAAAGCCAAGGUGGAGAAGCCAGCAGCCAAGAGGGGGCCGAAGAGAAAACGGCCUGCAGAUGACAGUGAUGAUGAAAAGGAAGUGAGUCGAAAGCGUACAGUGCGGGAGGCGGCCUCCAAGGCUGUGUCCAAACAGAGGGAGAUCCUGCUGGGCGAUGGAGGCAGCGAGGAUGAGGAGCACGAAGACCAAGAGGAACCCUAUAUGGACCCUGACGAGUCUGGCAGCGAUGAGGACUUCAUGGUGGAGGAUGAUGAUGACAGCGACUACGGUCGCUCCAAGAAGAGAGGCAAAAAGGUGAUUCGACGGGGCCGGCCGGACAAGAAGGAGAAGAAAAGCCCCAAGCCCCGACUAAAGGCCACAGUGACCCCCAGUCCAAUGAAAGGAAAGGGGAAGGGGCGCCCUAGCGCCAAGGCCCUGGAGAAGAGCUCACCCAAAGAGGAGGAAGAGGAGGACCCCGAGAGUCCCCUGGAGGAGGAAGAGGAGGAGGCAGAGAAGAAAGAGAGCUCCCCUGCCCCCAAGACGACGAAGGAGGCCGCGGGAGGAGACGAGGAGGAGGAAGACGAAGAGGAGGAGGACGGCUCAGAAGAGGAGGCGCCCUCUGGGGAAGACUAGAAGAUGGUUCCCGCUGAAGCCCAUCCUCCUCUCUCUCUCUCUCUCUCUGUCUCUCUCUCUCUGUCUCUCUCUCUCUCACUCUCUCUCUCUCUCUCUCUUUCUCUCUCUCUCUCUUCUCAAAGAUUUUGUUUUCUUUUGUUGCUCUGUGUUUAGAGAUUUUGGUUUCUUCUCCUGGUGGCCUGGCUCAAUGGUUUGGACUUGGUGUGCUUUUUUUCGUUUUGCUCCCUCUCCCUCUCCCACCAAGACAUUGUGCUCAUGUGAUCAUAUGGUAUAAGUAAGGAGUCACAACAUUCGGCCUUGCCCACCCACCCACCUGUCUUAGUCAUUUCUACCUUUCCAAGAGCUCAGUGCUAGUGGGCAUCCGUCCUAAAUGUGAACAAAUGAAAUUCACCUGUUUUUCCUUUCUUUCUCUGGGAUUAUCUGUGAUCCGACAUGACUGGCCACCUACUUUUUACCAUUGUACUUCACUGAUAUCUGCGAAUACUGGGAGCGUUGUUCAGAGCUUCUCAGUAUCAGUUACUGUUACUAAAAAGCGCUGUAUUUACAAAGCGACGCUAAGUCAACACACGCAGGCCUGAAGCCUUCACCCUCUAUCUGGUACGUUGUGGUUUUAAACCAGGAGCGUGUUUUAACAGGGCAGCAGUAGUUAGCUGGUAGUUUAGUU